UACCAGAAAAUAUAUUGAAACUGGAUGCGAUAGCUUUACAAAGAUAUAGAGAAAUUCAAGUAAAUGAUAAUCGAAUACCACAACAAAUAAUUAUUGAAGAAGAAGAAGAAUUUAAUCAACAAGAUGUUUUAGAAUUUGUAGAAAAGCAACCACCACCACUACAACAAAAUAAAGAUAGAAAUAUAGAUUCGCAAUAUUUUACAAAAUGUUCUAUUUGUAAUACACCUUUAAAAGAAGCUAUGAAUGAUAAUCUAGAAGUAGUGAGGCUUUGUAAUAAUCAAAGACAUAUGGCUUAUAUACAUUGUGCGACUAGGUGGUAUGAUAGAAAUAGUAUUGAUACAUGUUGUGUUAUAUAUAGUUUAAAUUUAAUUUUACCAUAUGUUCGAGUAAAUAGAAAUCAAGUAUUACAAUAUGAUAGAGAAAGACAAAAUCGUAGAUUGAAUAUUGAGAGAUGUAGAAAAGAAUGUAUGGAAUUAGCAGCACAGAGAAGACAAGAAAGAAUAGCAGCGAAACAGAGAGAUUUAUAUAAUAUUCCACAGUUAGAUAGGAAUAGAAAAGUGAUUGAUAAUCGAUUAGAUGCGCAACAGAUAAAUUUAGACGAUAAUCAAAAUAGGUGGCAAGGAAGAUUACGAGUUGUAGAUAUGUUUGGAAAUGUGAUAAGAAGAGUUAUUAAUUGA